GAUAUCGCGAGAGUGUCGCUUGUUUCUCUGAGGGGGCGCCUGGCGCCCGAUCUCGCGCUCCUUGCUGCCCUGGCGGGCGUGAGGACCGGGAGAGGCCGCGCCUGAGGGAGGCGAGCGGGCGGGCGAGGCGAGGCGAGGCGAGGCCGGGCCGCCGGGGAGGGCCUCUGCGCAGCGAUCUCCCCCAGGCGGGCCCGGGAGCGCAGCGGCGGUCGGGGACCGCUUGGGGAGAGGAGACGCCGGCGGCCGGAAGGGCCCUCCUGCGCCUCCGCCAGAAGGACCGCGAAGCCCACCCGAGAGGGCCCCGUUCAGCCCGGGGGGAAACACGCCCCUCCCCGCGCUGAGUCCCCGCAGGCCGGCAGGGGGGCCUUCGCUGUGCCUUGGCCCAAGAAACGCGCGUGUGGGCGCGGGUCCCUCUCCUGCAGGGCGGGCGAGACCCCGGAGAGCCGCUGCCAGCCUGAGCGGCCAAGUCUGAGGCCACUCCGCGUAAGAGCCACAAGUCCCCUGCGCGGUUCUCCCCUGAUUGUGUUAUUUAAAACACACCUCGUGCAACUCUAAAGGAAACACGUAUGACAGCGUACAAUCGGAGGAAGAGAGGAAGGACUGGGCCUCCCAGCUGCGCUGCUUCCGUGUUCCUUGUUUUCAGCUGGUGGCUUUGACUUCGGGGAAAAAAAUGAAACUUUUUUCAGAAUCUCACAAAACUGUCUUUGUGGUGGAUCACUGCCCUUAUAUGGCAGAAUCUUGCAAACAGCAUGUUGAAUUUGAUAUGUUAAUCAAGAAUCGGACACAAGGAAUCAUCCCCCUUGCACCUAUAUCAAGAUCGCUGUGGACCUGUUCAGUGGAGUCAUCCAUGGAAUACUGUAGAAUAAUGUACGAUAUAUUCCCUUUUAAAAAACUAGUGAACUUCAUCGUAAGUGAUUCUGUACCUCAAGUCUUAAACACUUGGAACCAAGAAGAUCAAAACUUGCAGGAGUUAAUGGCAGCUCUAGCAGCUGUUGGACCUCCCAAUCCUCGGGCAGACCCUGAAUGCUGCAGUAUACUUCAUGGCUUAGGUGCAGCAGUACAAGCUCUCUGCAAAAUUACUGAAUACCAGCAUGAGGCAAGAACAAUGUUAAUGGAGAAUGCUGACCGUGUUGGAAACAGAGGACGAAUAAUCUGUAUUACUAAUGCAAAGAGUGAUAGCCAUGUACGGAUGCUUGAGGAGUGUGUGCAGGAAACAAUACACGAGCAUAACAAACUAGCGGCUAAUUCAGAUCAUCUUAUGCAGAUCCAGAAAUGUGAGCUGGUCUUAAUUCACACUUUUCCUGUUGGUGAAGACAAUCUUGUGUCAGAAUGUCUUAAAAAAGAGCUCUCUCCUGUCUUAACCAGUGAAGUGCACAGUGUUCGAGCGGGACGGCACCUGGCCACCAGGCUGAAUCUUUUAGUACAGCAACAUUUUGAUCUGGCUUCAACCACGAUUACUAACAUCCCUAUGAAGGAAGAACAGCAUGCCAAUACAUCUGCCAAUUAUGAUGUGGAACUGCUUCACCACAAGGAAGCACAUGUAGACUUCUUAAAAAGCGGUGACAACCAUAUAGGUAGCAGUAGCAAAGAGGGUACAAAUAAGGAGACGGUAACCUUGAAAUGGUGCACACCAAGAACAAACAGCGUGGAGCUGCAUUAUUGUACUGGUGCGUACAGGAUAUCUCCUGUAGAUGUAAAUAGCCGACCUUCCUCCUGCCUUACUAACUUUCUUCUCAAUGGUCGCUCUGUGCUGUUGGAACAACCACGGAAGUCUGGCUCUAAAGUAAUCAGUCACAUGCUUAGCAGCCACGGAGGAGAGAUUUUUCUGCAUGUGUUAAGCAGUUCUCGAUCCACUCUGGAAGAUCCGCCUUCAAUUAGUGAAGGUUGUGGUGGCAGAGUCACAGACUACAGGAUUACUGAUUUUGGUGAAUUUAUGAGGGAGAACAGGCUAACUCCUUUCCUAGAACCCAGGUACAAGACUGAUGGAAGUCCUGAGGUUCCUUUGGAACGAGCUAAAGAUCAGCUCGAGAAGCACACUCGCUACUGGCCCAUGAUUAUUUCACAGACAACCAUAUUCAACAUGCAAGCAGUAGUGCCCUUAGCCAGUGUUAUUGUGAAAGAAGCAUUGACGGAUGAGGAUGUGCUGAACUGUCAGAAAACAAUUUACAAUUUAGUAGACAUGGAAAGGAAAAACGAUCCGUUGCCAAUAUCAACAGUUGGGACAAGAGGAAAGGGUCCUAAAAGAGAUGAACAGUACAGGAUUAUGUGGAAUGAACUGGAAACCCUUGUGAGAGCUCAUAUAGUCAACUCUGAUAAACACCAGCGAGUACUGGAGUGUCUUCUAGCUUGCAGGAGCAAGCCUCCCGAAGAAGAGGAGCGCAAGAAACGUGGGCGGAAGAGGGAGGAAAAAGAAGACAAGGCUGAAAAAGCAGGAAAAGACUAUGAACCAGAAAAGGCCUGGCAGGAUUCAGAAAGGCUAAAAGGUUUAUUGGAUCGUGAAAAAGAGGAAUUGACGGAAGCUGAAGUAAUAAAAGAUUCACCCGAUUCUCCUGAACCACCAAACAAAAAGCCACUUGUUACAAUAGAUGAAAUUCCCCCUGUUGAAAAAACCAAAGGGCCUACAUCUCUACUAUCAUUAUGGAGCAACAGAAUUAACGCUGUGAAUUCUAGGAAACAUCAAGAAUUUAUUGGCCGCUUGAACUCUGUAAACAACAAAGCUGAAUUGUAUCAACAUCUGAAAGAGGAGAAUGGAAUGGAAACAACAGAAAAUGGAAAAGCCAGCCGGCAAUGAAUACUGAAUCUAAGAUCUAUAACUGGUCGUGCUGCAUACAUUUUUUAUGCUUGUUUUAAUACCUGUAUUCAGACAUAAUUCUGUUGUUUUGCAUGGUUUUUACAUGUUUUUCAAAUUUUAGUCCUUUUCUAUGAAAAUAUAAAAUGUGAAAGUAAAUCAUUAAGCCCUAGUCCCCUUUUAUUCUGUCACUGAAUAAAGCAAGACUUCUAUUUUCAUCUAGUAGCAUGGUCUUAAUAUAAAACUCAUUUACUGUCUCCUGGGAAAACACAAUAUUUCUGAGUGAAUAUUUUUUAAAUUAGUAUUCCUUAGAUGUAUGAAACUCCCUUAGGGCACCAUACUUUUAGUCUUGGCGUGGGGAGAGAACCUAAAAUCCAGAACUAGGCUUGGGGUUCUUUGGUCCAAACUCACAACAGGGACAGCCUUGAGCAAAAUGUAACUCAGCGUUGCAGUUAGGGCUUUAAGUGUAAGAAUGACCUGCCUUACGGAAUUUUUGAAGAUGAAGAUUAAAAUUGUUUUAUAAUCUAUAAAAAUCUGUAUAAAGUGCUUUGUAAAUUAUGGACUAUUUGUCUUAGACAAUAAAAAACUGAAUUAAUAAGACAGUCCUUUUUGUUUUACUUGUGUUACCUGGAACAUGCAACUUUUCAAGAUGUGUUGCUGUUGAUCCUACGUGGUAGGGUUUGACAACUUCCAGGUCACCAUGGUACCUAGAAAUUUCAUCGGUGCAGAUGGUAUUUACAGCAGCCGUCUCUUGGCAAUUCUCAGUGGAAGUACAAAGCUAAUUUAUUAUUUCGCAUAAGAAUAUUUUUGUUGUACACCACAAAAAUUCUUCUUUCUGUGUAUGUAAACCUAAUUUUACACCGUUUGGUGGCAGAAAAUAAAUUAAUUUUUGACAAAUUG